CAAGUUUACUUCUUGAAUUAUUCUGACUUUUGAUGAAAUAAAAUUUAUCAAAACUUCAAAAAUCAAGUCUUUUAAAAGAAAAGGUUCAGAAAACAAUAAAGUCUAAAAAGUUUAACAAACAAAUUUUUGUUGUCCUUUUUGCCCAAAUUUUUCCUGCCAUUUUUUUUUUUUUUUUUUUGGUUUUUAAUGUGGUGAUAGUAAAACAAUUCAAAUACUAUUAUUUUUUCUCUAGGGAAACAACACAGUAACAAAAUUACCAUUUCUACUAAAUUUUUAGGCCUGAAAAUAAAUUAUUUUUGAGUUUUGCAUUCUUCACACUUUCAAGGUUGUUGUAAUGGCAGUGACAUCUUGCUUUGUAAAAUGUAAACAUAAGUAAUUUAAAUGAUGUUUCUGAUCAAGUUGAUAAAAAUAGUUUGAUGGUUUAAAUGAAAUAUCCAAAGCCUUGAUUAUUUUUAGGGUUUUAAUUUUCUAACCAUUGCUUCGAAUACAUGUUUUUAUUGUUAUGGAAAAAAGCAUAGUUGAAUAUUUUGGAAGCCGUGGCUUGAACAGAUGUGGAUAUUGCAAAUCAGACAAUACAAAAGCUAACCAUGAAAAGAAUAUUUUUAAAAUAACUUCGUAAUGAACAAGAGCAUCGUUGAGUAUUUUGGGAAUGAUGGGGGUCAUUCUUGUGGUUAUUGUAAAAAAGAUGACAGUAGCCUAUCUAAUGGAAUGUGGGCACAUCAGUUGACCUGUCAAGAUUAUCAAGAUCUCCUUAACAGAGGUUGGAGAAGGAGUGGCAAAUACUGUUACAAACCAACAAUGAAUAAAACUUGUUGUCCACAGUAUACAAUUAGAUGUGAAGUGUCUAAAGUUAAACUCUCAAAAUCACAGAAAAAAGUUAUCAAGCGAUUAAAUACAUACUUAAUAACUGGAAAAAAGCCAGCUGAACCAGUUCAACUUGAAAAUAGUGACAUCAUUCCUGACAACCAAUCAUCUUCAUCUAAGUUAGGUGGGCACAGUGAAUCUGUUGAAUGCUCUCAAAACAGAAUAACAGCUGGUGGGACGAAAUCAGAGAAUCCUGUCUCAAAAAAUAUUCAAGGAGCAGACCCAAAUAAACCGCGUUGUAGAAAGGCGAAAGAUCUAAGAAAAGAGAGGAAGCUCAGCAAACAGCUAAAGGGAAAAUCCGAUGGGGUGGAGGCUAAUGCAUCAACAGUUGCUAAAGGAAAGAACAAUGAGAAAAAUAUUGAGCAACUGAUUGAAGACCUUCCAUCUGAAUUAGCUCACAAUUUAGAGAUCUCACUGGUAGCUGUAUGUAAUAACACAGCAUUUGAUGCUUACUUUGAAGCUGGCUUUGAAUUAUUUUGCAAGUAUCAAAAAGAUGUCCAUCAUGAUCCUCCACAUAAGUUGAGUAAGAAGAGGUUUAAAAGAUUUCUCGUGGAUGGCCCCUUAGUGCCUGUACAAAAGGGUACCAGGGAAGAUAUUCCAACACCGGGUUUAGGAGCGUUUCAUCAGCUUUAUCACCUUGAUGGGAAAUUGAUUGCUGUUGGAGUGUUGGAUAUUUUACCAAACUGUGUUUCGUCAAAGUAUUUUUUUUACGAUCCUGAGUACAGCUUUUUGUCACUUGGUACAUAUUCUGCUUUAAGGGAGAUUUAUUUUAUUCGUUCGUUACAAAGAGACUGCGCUGCUAUAAAGUAUUAUUACAUGGGUUAUUACAUCCACUCGUGUCCAAAGAUGAGAUAUAAGGGUCGUUAUGAUCCGUCCUAUCUACUCUGUCCAGAAGCAUAUACUUGGCAGCCUUACCCGUCAUGUGUUCCCAAGUUAGAUGCCAACAAAUAUUCCAGGUUGGAAGAAGAUGAAAGCAAAAAACCAGUAACCAUAGAUGUGAACAGCACGCUUAUUCUACAUCAAUCACAGGCAAUGCCAUUUUUUAUUUAUUUAUCAAUGGUGAAACCUCGUGAUAAAAAAGAACAAACCAAAGAGGUUACAGAAUAUUCGAAUCUUGCUGGGAUCACGGCUAGUAGCAUGUUGUUGUAUCGCAGCUAAAAUUAUUGCUGUUUUUUCAUGGACGGGUUUUUUCGCAGUGCUCUCUUCUUUACAAGUAUGAGGAUUUCGUUCGUUGAAUUAUAGAAAAAUGAAUGAUAGUAAAUAUUGCUUUCAAGAAGUUGUUCACCCUCAGCAGAACCAAUUUAAGGCUAUAACCGGUCAGCGUUUGUACACGCUGUAGUUUUGUGUGUAGUUUUGUGGGGAACGGCGAGUUGCAACACAUUUCAAGUGUAGUUUUGUGGCGACGUGUUGCAACAGAUUUAGUGUAGUUUUGUUGGUAACGGCUUGUUGCAUCACAUUUCGAGUGUAGUUUUGUCGGUAACGGCGAGUUACAACACAUUUCGAGUUCGAAUUGUGUAGCUGACGACGGGUUGUAUCUUGGCAACAGGAUUUAUACGCACAAGUUCGCAAAGGGGAACAUAGAACACAUUAAGUUAAACGUAUGAUUUUUUUCGAUACAAUAAACUUUUUAAAUACGUAAAUAGAUAAUUUGUAAUUAUUUGUACAAGCUUAUUGUAAAAGUAAAAAUACGCUUCACUUACUUCCCUGUUA